UCUGAUCCAAUGGUGCCACUGGUGCCUGCCAGCACAGUGUACAAGCCACAGACCUCCCUUCCUGCAGGUACUUCUCCCUUCAGGUUACCCCUCAGGAAAUCAAGCAUCAGGACGGCCGGAGAUGCUCUCCUGUGGUCGCCUGGCAGUGGCUGCUCUUCCAAAGCCUUCACCACCGAUGCUGCCGCUGCUGCGCCAUGAGUUAAGCACACCAUCCGACCUGCACCUGCACCCUCUUUCGCUUUCCUGCGUGUGCUCGUACCAGUGCGCUUUUGCUUCUCGAUCGCUUGCCCUUCAAACAAUGCCACUGGUUGGGUCCCAGCUCACAAGCCACAGACUCCCUUACUUCAGGUGGCGCAGCGGACUGAAGCAGAGGCGAGGGGCUGGCGGCGUGGCUGCUAUCCAGUGGAAAGGAAGAGUAUCCAUCUCAACCUCUUUCGAGCCACACAAGGUAAGGUUCCUCCUCACUCCCGUGGCUUCUAAGGUUCCUGCUUCGAAUCUGGUUGCUGCCUGUCUGUUCAUCUUCCAGCAUGCAUCAGCUCAUCAUCGCCUUGACUGGCUUGCCAUCCCUGCACUAACUCCUCUCCUCCCUGCCCCCGUCCCCUCUCCCUACCAGGUCAUGUCGCAUCACGUGAAGACUGCAGCCGAGCAGCAGAGCAGCAGCAGAUCAGAGCAGCAGCAGUGCGGGCUGGGUGCGCAGCGAGUGGGAGUGCCACAGGGGGCGCAGCCCCUCAAGGUUUUCUCCAGAUACCGAUAUUCUUAUCCCUUGUUUCUCUUCUCUACACGUAGGUCUCCUCGAGUUUACCGCCAUACGAAUAUUCUUGAUCAAGAAGCUUGGGCGGUGCCAUUCGUUGAGUCCGUAGCCAUGGAUCUGGAUAGCAUGUCGCCGGACAACGUAGCGUCGCAGCUGCUCGACCUUAUUCGCACGCGACGGCAGCCCAUUCCGCAGCAGUCGUUGCCGCGUUCGCAAGCGCCGUCGAUUCCGUCGCCGCGGUCGCAAGCCCCGUCGCAGCCGUCGUCGGCUGGCGAAAUGCAGCGUAAUGUGUCGCAGAGCGCUCUUAGGUCACCGUUACACGCCUCGUGCUCCUCCUCCAAGCUCGACAGUGCGUCUGACGUCAGAUCCAGCUCAGCCGUUCAAUCCAAUUCGGCCGUUUUCGGUUCCGCCCAUGUUUCCGCCAAUCACUCCCCCGGUCCUCGCUCCGCGGCCGCGGAGGUCUCAAGCUCGCAAGCCACCCCGUCCGCCUCCGCGCAUGUCGGUCUCCGCGCGCAACCGGCGGAAGAGCCGCCAAGCGGGAAGCGAAUGCGGACAGACACAGGCGCAGUCGACGCGCCGGGGGGAGUCGGCGAGUUCGGGCCGACAACGCCGGAGCAUACGGGGUCGGAGUCAUCGGCGCGGAGCGGGUCGUGGGACGUGAGCAACGUGCAGAUCGCGCAGCUGCUGCAGGAGAUGGACAUGUUCUUCCCGCCGGACGACGACGAUUUGGGCGCCUUCGCCACUCUCGCCUUCCACGACGACCCCUUCGACGCCGACAUAGCUGCCAAUGCCAUUGCCGCUGCGAGCGACGGUGGCCCCGCGUUGCCCGCGCAGGACUCUAUCGGGGACAUUUUGACGGGCCUCGCGUCUGCCAGCCCCCCGCAUGCCGCGUUGCCGGCCGCUGGUCCUUCCGUGCCGGCCGGCCCAGUGCCCGACGUUCAUGCCAUGCGCCGCGCGGACUCCGCGGACAGCGCGGGGGUCACUCCGCGGAGCCAGUCGGGGCUGGGUAGUCCGCACAGCAGCCUAUCCACGGGGGUAGCGGGCGGAAGCACUGGCGGAAGCACCGGCGCGCCGACGCUGACGUCAUUUGAGAGCGCGCAGCUGCGGGGGGACUUUUCGCGCGUUUGCUGGGUCGGGGGAGCGGAGAGGGCCGCGGAGGGGGAAGCGGCGGAGCAAGGAGGGGGAGGGGAACUAGUAAUGGAGCUUGCAGGGAGCGCGGGAAGUGGGGAAAGCACAGGCGCUCUGCCCAAGCAAGUACCUGCCACGCCGGCGUUGCCAGGAGGAGGCAGUGGCGGGAUUCAUGGCGCAGGCGGAAGCAGCGGAAGCGGCGGCAGGGGAGGCGCGAUCCCAGGCGCGCGGUCGCUGAGUCUGGGCAGCCAGUUCCGCCGGCAGCAGAUGGUGCACGCGCAGCCGGCAGUGCCGCCCAACCCUCCGCCAGGGCAGGCGGCACAGCAGCAGGCGGCACAGCAGCAGGUCGCACAGCAGCAGGCCGCACAGCAGCAGGCGGGUUUGCGCUCCACGGGCGCAAUGCCCCCUCCCGCCAUGCCACCGCGGUACCAGCAGCAGCAGCAGCAGCUGGGGCAGCAGGGGCAACAGGGGGAGCAGGGGGAGCAGGGGCCGUAUGGGGUGGGUUCGCCUCCGGGGCUUAACCAUGCAGGCGGGGCGCCAGGAGUGGGCGGGGGGAGGGGGAGCUUGUUGCGAGUGCCGUCGGACUACCUGAGGCUGCUGGCGGAGAGGCAGGGGGGGGGGAAGAGGCAGAGGCGCGGGGAGAGAGAGUGGCACGCGCAGCAGGUGGAUCGACUGCUGCUGGAGCAACAGGCGCAGCAGGCGCAGCAGCGAAUGCAAUGGCAGCAGCAGCAACAACAAGCGCAGCAGCAGCAACAACAGGCACAGCAGCAGCAACAACAGGAAGCAAUGCAGCAACAGUGGCAACAGCAGCAGCAGCAACAGCAGCAGCAGCAGGCGGCAUUGGAGCUGCCAUCGGUGCUGAGCGCGGGCAUGAAGAGUGACUCCGUGGCCAGCGCUGACAUCACCUCGCUCCUCGAAUCCUAUCCCCUCCAACCCCCCCACCCCCCUCCCCCAGACACCCCUUCCCUUCACUGCGCGCCGCCCCUCCCUCCCUUGGCCACACCUCAACAUCCUCCACAGGCGCAGCAACCACGCCCACUCCACUCGCAGCCACAGCAUCUGUUACAAUCACAGCAGCAACACUCCUUACUAGCACAGCAGCAGCACUCUUUACAAGCCCAGCAGCAGCACUCUUUACAAGCACAGCAGCAGCGCUCCUUACAAGCACAGCAGCAGCACUCCCUACAAGCACAGCAGCAGCACUCCCUACAAGCACAGCAGCAGCACUCUUUACAAGCACAGCAGCAACACUUAUUACAAGCGCACCAACAUCAUUCGUCACAGUCACAGCAGCAACAGGGUUGGAGCCAGCCUCCUCAAUUUCCGCCCCAGCCAGCCCGCCAAUCGCUCAACGCGCUGCCGAGCAUGCAGACAACACACGGCAUGCAGGUGGCUACAGUCAUGCACCCUAGUCAAGCCACUCAGGUCACACCUUCACCAGUCUCACCUGCUGUGCACGCACUGCCUGCUCAGCCACCAGCCCAAGAAGCAGCGCGUGACUCCUCCCAGAACGGAGUCAGCCCUCCCCAAGGGCCGCCCAUGGCGGACGCGGCGUCGCUGGUGCCGCCCCUCCCCCCGCCGUUCCGCGCCGUGACCUCUCCAAUGGAGAAGGCGCUCAUGGAGUGCGCCGCCGCCGUGGACAGGCGCGACCUGGGGCAGGCGCACUCGCUCAUGUCGGCGCUGGCGCACCUGGUGUCGCCGCAUGGCACGGCGCAGCAGCGCCUGGGGUACUACUUCCUGGAGGCGCUGGCCGCCAGGAUUGCCGGCACCGGGUCCGCUAUUUAUAAGGCUCUGCAAUCCCGGCAGGGCAGCCAGCCGGGCCCGUCCAGCAAGGCGAUGCUGUCGGCGGUGCUGGUGUUCUGCGAGGCGUGCCCGUGGAUCAACUUCGGGCACCUGGUGGCCAAUGGCAGCAUCCUGGAGGCGGUGGAGGGCGCCAAGCGCGUGCACGUGAUCGACCUGGGCAUCACCCACGGCACGCAGUGGCCCACGCUGCUCGAGAGCCUCGCCACCAGGCCGGGGGGGCCGCCGCAUUUGAGGAUCACCGGGGUGGAUGCGCCUCUCACUGGGCUCAAGCCGUCGUCUCUGGAGGAGACGGGGCGGCGGCUGUCAUCGUUCGCGCGGGUGAUCGGCGUGCCGUUUGAGUUCACGCCGAUCACGGACGCGCUGGACGACGUGCGGCCGGAGCAGCUGGGCGUGCGCAGCGACGAGGUGCUGGUGGUGAACUGCCUGCUCAGGCUGCACCAGAUGCGCGACUACAGCACGCAGCCCGGCGCGCCCAGCCAGCGCAACUUCACACUGCAGAUGAUCCGCUCGCUCAACCCCACCAUCGUCACACUCAUCGAGCAGCACGCAGACCACAACAUCCCGUCGUUCCUGUCGCGCUUCCGCGAGGCCCUGCACUACUUCAGCGCGCUGUUUGAGUCGCUGGACGCCAGCCUGCCCUGGAACAGCACGGAGCGCGCGUUGGUGGAGGAGCGCAUCUUCGGGCGCAAGCUGGUCAACAUCAUCGCCUGUGAGGGCCGCGAGAGGGUGGAGCGCCACGAGAGCCACGCGCGGUGGCAGCAACGCAUGCAGCGCUGCGGGUUCCUGCCCCGGCCCGUCAGUGCUGACGUGGAGGAGAACGCCCAUCUGCUGCUGAAGCGGUACCGCGAGGGGUACGGCAUCGAGCGGCGCGGCGACGCGCUCAUCAUCACGUGGCGCAGCGAGCCCUUCUUCGCCGCCUCCAACUGGCGCUGCGCCCCGCCGUCUGCUGCGCCCACUGCUGGUGCUGCUUCGCCUUCAGCUGCUGCUGCUGCUGCUGGUGUGUCUUCGCGUAGCACCAUCGCUGCCCCCCCUCCUACCACCGCCACGCUGUCUCACCCCGCUCCCUCAUCUUCUGCCUCCACUGGCACUGUGCCUGCCAGCAGUUAGAGGGGGCGCUGUGGAUUGGCACAGUAACAACUAACUGCGGGGUGCCCUGGCAAGCAGUAAGUGAGGCUGCUGGUCUGAUAUAGCUUGGUCUC